AUGUAUACCCCCAUACCUAUAUCGAACAGAACUGCUACUGCCAGUGCCGCUUCCAGUAAUAACAAUACUGCUCCGAACUCGGGUAAUGUUUCUCCCUCGAAUGGUCCAGGGACAGCUAACGGUCAUCCUGCGGCAUUGGACUCGUUUGGGAUCGCUUUGACAGACAGACCGUACAACCCAACACCCAGCAACAGCAAUAACAACGGUGGGAACAACAACACUAGGUUUAGCGCGUUGCUGAACUCGUUUGGUGGUAGACAACAGAGUCCGCCAAAUGCAGCUGCAAACAUGAAUAACCCGUUCAGAAACAGUAACAACAACACACCAACGACCACGAACCAGCAAGUGGGACUCAUCGGUGCGGAGUCCUUGAAUCAACUGCCCAUUUCAAUAACUGUGAACAGUAACAAUAAUGCGGAUGCAAACCCUGCUGAUAACUUGGUCUCGCUCGAAGAUCCAGUCGCACAGACGGUCAACCGCCACAUAUCUACGUUGAUCGACUCGUACGGUGCUGGUCCAAUGCCCACUAGCUACGAGGGCGGCUCGAGUCACAGGGGUCCAGGGGCAUCAGCAGCAGCAUCAGCAGCAGUCGCAGCAGCAGAUGUGGAUAGGGAGGGAUACUUCUCCACCACGGGACGCCACGAGACUGCAGGACUCGACCCUGCCAGUGGAGGCACCACCAUUUUGAAAAACUUGAAACACUACGUGUAUGCAGCGGACGAACCCAAUGCCGCGCGGACACUCGAACUGAAUCUACCAGACGGGUUCGAAUUGCCACCUCCUUUACCCGCAAACGAGUUAAAGAAGAGGAAGGACAGACACGGGCUGUUCAGCAUCCGGUUGACACCUUUCAUCGACACCGUCGCGACGUCGAACCAGGGCUUGUUUUUUGAGCCCAUUAUUAGGGCUGCUGGGCCCGGGUCGCAACUGGUUAUUGGCAGGUACACGGAGCGUGUCAGGGACACGAUUUCAAAAGUGCAGGAACAGUAUCACCCAGUGGUGUUCAAAUCAAAAGUCAUCUCGAGGGCGCAUGGGAUCUUCAAAGUGGAUGACCAGGGGAAUUGGUUCAUCAGAGACGUUAAGUCCUCAUCGGGUACUUUCUUGAACCACCAGAGGCUCUCGCCAGCAUCAACACUCUCUAGGGACUUCAUCUUGCACGACGCUGAUAUCCUGCAACUGGGGAUGGACUUCAGAGGUGGCACAGAGGAGAUCUACAGGUGUGUCAAGAUGAGGGUCGAGUUGAACAAGUCCUGGAAACGCAAAGCCAAUGCAUUCAACAAGGAGGCCCUCAAACGAAUAAAACACUUGCAAAAAAUAUCAAACGGGGGCGUAGAGCAAGAGGAGGAAGAUUGCUCAAUUUGCUUAUCGAAGAUAAAACCGUGCCAGGCCAUCUUCAUCUCGCCUUGUUCACACAGCUGGCAUUUCCACUGUGUAAGGAGACUGGUAAUGCUGUCGUACCCACAGUUCGUGUGCCCGAAUUGUAGAUCAGCAUGCGACCUGGAGGCUACGUUAGAGAGCAGUGAUGAAGACGACGACGACGACGAAGAUAACAAUGACGAACAACAACAACAAAAGCGAACGGAUCAUUCAGAGUUUAUUGACCCUUACCAAGAAAUCAACUUAAGCUCUGACGACGCGGAUUUUGCAAUGCAUUAA